UGAGCUUCAGUUAGAUCGCAACAUGCCAAGCGAAUGGGUUUUCCUGGUCAUAUGCCUGGUUCCAAUGGCCUCGGGGGGAACUACGGCGCCAUCGCUAAGCGCCAGUCCAAUAGUCUUUGCCCGAAAUCUUUUCCGGGCCCUCAACGAUGAUGGUCCCCCAGUGAACCUGAUGGUUUCGCCGGCAGCUGCCCGAAGUGCCAUGACCUUGGUGUUCAUGGGCGCCGCUGGGAAAAGUGCCGAUGAACUGCGUUCCAAAUUGAUUCUUGGAGUGGGCAAUAAGUCACAGAUAGCCGAGCAUCAUGCUGAAUCCUGGAGUGAAGAGUGUGCGUGUGUAAAAAGGGGAGUAGCCCUGCGUUUGGUCACCAGGUUGUACUUUAAUGAAGAGGAGAAAAUACUGCCGGGCUUCAAUAACCGCGCCAUGGAGUUCUUUAAUGCUCAGGCUGAUCCCCUAAAUUACCUGAGUCCCGAAGAUUCGGUGAAAAAAGUAAAUAAAUGGCUUGAAAAGCAAACAUUUUACACUAUGCACAAUCAAAUCAGACCAGAGAUUUUCAAUCCCGAGUCCAGUGUGAUUCUGAUCAACUCCCUAUUCUUCCGUGCCAAAUGGGACAAAGUUUUCCCUGGGCAACUUACCCAACUUGAUGACUUUUGGAUUAAUCCUUUGCAGCGAAUGGAACUGCCCAUGAUGCAGCAGAUUGGCCAGUUUCGAUAUGGCGAGUCCAAGAAACUAAAGUCACAGAUUUUGCAGUUGCCCUUUGAGAAGUCCAACUUGACCAUGAUGAUCAUACUGCCAAGGGAUAUUGACGGACUGCCCAAAUUGGAGGAAAAACUGAGACAGCUAGACAUGAAUGAGGUGGCUGCCAAAAGUCUGAUGAACGACGUGGAUGUUACGAUUCCCAAAUUUCGAAUAGAGAGCGAUAUAGACCUAAUAGAACCACUACGGAAGUUGGGCAUCAAUCGCAUUUUUGAGGCUGAUCAAGCGGAUUUGAGUGGCCUUUUUGCUAAGAAAACACCACAAAGGAUUUCAGAGGCCAGGCACAAACUAUUUCUUAAUGUCAACGAAACUGGCUGUGAAGCUGGUCCCGAAAAGGACUUCCAACCAGAAAUGGUGAAAAAUAAUCCCGAUCGCAAAGUUUUCAAAGCCGACCGCCCUUUUGUUUUCGCAAUUCGCAAUAAGAAAAACGUUUAUUUCGUGGGCCAUUUCAUUAGGCCCUAAUUGCGGCAGCCGUGUUACAAAUGUUUUGAUGGUCAUGACCCGCAGGCAAUCACGGCAAUAUGGCAAUAUCCCAAUGAACAUCAAAUUAUUGCCAAACAAAUGUACACAAUGCAUCUGAAAUACAAAAGCAGCAGGCACAGGCAAACAUUUGUGCGGCGGUGAGAUUUUGGGGUGCAAAAUAAAUGGCUACAUUUCUGGCCGGACAGAU